AUGAAGUUGUCAAAUCCGUCGGCGGUGCCCGUGUAUACUAUCUCUGGAUCUGCGACAGCUCGCCCUCUCCCCGAAUGGCUUGCGCGACAGAGAAAGCGCAGUCUGAAGCAGGACCCCGAGUGGGCAAACAGAGUCGAGCUGCUGCAGGACUUUGAGUUUGAAGAGGCCUCGCAGUGUGUGAGGGUCAGUGACGAUGGAGAAUGGGUCAUGAGCACAGGAACGUACAAGCCGCAACAACACGUCCACUACCUGCCGCAUCUGUCGCUCUCGUACGCCCGCCACACCGACUCGCUCAACCAGACCUUCCUCCUCCUCUCGUCCGACUACAGCAAAUCUCUGCAUCUGCAGACCGACCGCACCCUCGAGUUUCACACGCCUGGUGGUAUGCACUACCGCACCCGCAUCCCUCGUUACGGUCGCGACCUCAAGUACAACAAGCGCCAAGCUGAAGCUCUGAUUCCGGCCUCGGGUGUCAACCAGGAUGGCAUGGGUGAAGUCUACCGUCUCAACCUCGAGCUGGGACGUUACAUGAAGGGCUACGAGGUCGACGUCGGUGGCGACGACUGGACCAGCUCGGGCGCCGGCGCUCUGCAGGGUGGAAUCAACACUGGCUGCGUCAACACCGCCGCCAUCGCCGAAGAUUCGCACAACCUUCUCGCUUUUGGCACGAGCAUCGGUACCGUCGAGUUCUGGGACUCGCGCUCCCGCAGCCGCGUCGGCAUCCUCCAAUCCCCCUCACAGUCGCAAGACGAGCGCACACAAAUCACCGCCCUUGAGUUCCACCGUUCCGGUCUCAACCUCGCAACCGGCGACUCCGACGGUAUCGUCCGCGUCUACGAUCUGCGUUCGCCCAUGCCCCUCCUCACAAAAGACCAAGGCUACGGCUACGCCAUCCAGACCCUCAAGUACAUGUCUCCCACCUCGACCCAAGUUCAGAGCGAGAAGCUCAUGUCAGCCGACAAGCGUAUCAUCAAGAUCUGGGAAGCUUCCAACGGAGACCCUUGGACAAGCGUCGAACCUGCCGUCGACCUCAACCACGUCGAGUGGUGCAAGGACAGCGGUAUGCUCCUCACCGCCAAUGAGGGCCGUCAACAACACUCCUUCUUCAUCCCUCAGCUGGGUCCCGCUCCCAAGUGGUGCUCCUUCCUCGACAACCUCGUCGAAGAAAUGGCUGAAGACGCCCAAGACCCAUCUGCCUACAACGCUGGCGCUCAAGAGACAGGCGCCGUCUACGACAACUACAAGUUCUUGUCCACUCAACAACUCCGCGAACUCAACCUCGACCACCUUGUCGGCACCACCUCCCUCCUCCGCCCUUACAUGCACGGUUACUUUGUCGCCCAGAAGCUGUACGAACAGGCCCGCCUCAUCAGCAACCCCGACAUGUUCGAAGAACAACGCGCCAAAUCCAUCGCCGAAAAGAUCAACAAGGAGCGCGAGUCUCGCAUUCGUGGCAACAAGGCUGCAAAGGUCAAGGUCAACAGGAGAUUGGCAGAAAAGAUGGCGGCAAGAGAAGAAGCAAACGAGCGUCGCAAGGCCAGACGUGUCUUGCGACAAGGAGGAGACGAACCUCAACCACAAGCAGAUGGAGAAGAAGAGGAAGAAGAUGCAGACAAGCCGGCCAGAGGCGUCCUCGGAGACGAGCGUUUCGCCUCGCUGUUCCAGGACGAAGACUUCGAGAUCGACGAGCAGUCCCGCGAGUUCCAGCUCCACAACCCUUCGACCGUACCAGUCGCCAAAGACGCUCAACGCAAGCGUGGUCUUACAGCUGUCGAGGAAGAAGCCAACCAAUCCAUUCAUGGUUCCUCAGACGACGAAUCCGAGAGCGAGCUCGACGAUGCAGCAGCAGAACGACAACAACGCGGUGUCCAACGUCGCAACGACCGCGGAGACGACAACACCGUCGACAAGAACCGCAUCUCCUCGACCAAUUACCGCAAAUCCGGCCACAAGCCAAAGCAACCACAAAUGUCCGUCUCGUCCUCGCUGCCCAAAAACAAGAAUGCCAAUGUCAACCGUCGGGAUCGUUCCUUUGGCUCUCUUGCCCAGAACCUCAGGGAUCAGCCGAAGAGCAGCAUUAGGUCAGGAGGUGUUGUUGGUGAGAAGGAAGUCACUUUCGCACCGCAAAAGGUCCAGAAGAGACCUCAAAGGCCGAGGGAAAGCUAUGGUGGCGAUGCUGAUGAUGGCAAUGGCAGAAAGGUUCCCAGAGGCAAGGAAAGAAGAAGCGCUUCUGGAAAUGUGUUUAGAGGCAUGUGA